GAAAAUGCAAACGUAGGUUUCACAGUGACAUAAAUGUGAGCAGGUUCUGAAGGAAGUCCUGUUUAUGAGACUGAUUCUUCAGCAGGUGAGCGAAUAGAACAGCUGACGUAACAGCGGUGGUGGAAGCUGACAUCAUCACACAUUCACAUCACUGAUCACGUCCGCCCUGUCUCGGCGUCUCAUGUUCUGGUUCUAAUGCGGGUGCUGUUACAUUGUGACAUUGGGUCGCUUCAGAACCACAGAGCCACCGUUUUAUUCAGGCCAAUAACUGUGGAGCUGCUUCAGCCGUGUUCUGGACGGUUCCAUCCUCCGGUUCUGCUGCCCGCUGUGGAACCACUGACUGGACCGUGCUGUCUGACUGGUGGUCAUUGUUGCCGUGCCGACGGCGUGGCGCACAUACCUAACAGGCCUGAAAAUAGAGCGGGGCUACUUUUACCACCUGAGAGCAGCGACCUCGGCCCGGAGGACGCGCCGCGAGGGUCUACAUUUCAGCCUCACUGGUUCCUGAGUCCGAAGCUGCUGCUGUUCAUCUCUACUCUGAUUGUCACCUGUGCAGUGUGUUUUCUGCAUGACUGAAAAACCAUCAGUCAUAGUCCGACGAGAAUCUAUUUCAGUGUUGCCAUCGUGAGAGACUGUCUCUUUCUGUGUUUCUGCGUCUCUUUUCCUUUUUUCUUUCUUCGCUCGGACUUUCCCACAUUAAACACUUGAACCAUAAAAGGACACGCGGUUUAGUCUCGGAGCUGCUGGUCGACGGUGCGUCUUAAACGUCCACCUGCUGCUCGGCGCGCGCGCCUCAAACGAGCCCGCACGAGCGCAACUCUCAGCCCGGGGUUUCACGGCGGGACCGGAGCGCUGUCACCGUCCACGAACCCGGACGCCGAUUCCACAUUUGGGAAUUUUUCAACACACCAGAGCUGAAGGUUAAACUUCCACUGACGAGGAAACGACGCAGUGGUGAGUGAGGACCGAGCGACGCGCGGAGCCGCCAUGAGUCUGUGGAGCAACCACUCUCUCGUGGACCUUCACGGCGGGACGCAGCCGCCGCCGUCGGGCUUCAACUUCUCCUCCAACCGGAGCCACGGCGACGCCGCCCCGCUGGACCUGCGGCGGGCGGUGCCGGUGGGCAUGGUGCUCGCCUCCUUCAUCCUGUUCGCUAUCGUGGGGAACAUUCUGGUGAUUCUGGCGGUGGUUUGUAACCGGCACCUGCGCAUCCCGACCAACUACUUCAUCAUCAACCUGGCGAUCGCGGACCUGCUGCUGGGAACCACCGUCCUGCCGGUGUCCGCAACGCUGGAGGUCUUGGAUUACUGGGUUUUCGGGCGGAUCUUCUGUGACAUCUGGGCGGCGGUGGAUGUUCUGUGCUGCACAGCAUCCAUCAUGUCGCUGUGUGUCAUCUCCAUCGACCGCUACAUUGGCGUUCGCUACCCUCUGCAGUACCCGAUGAUUGUCACGGAGAAGCGGGCCCUGCUCGCAAUGCUCGGCGUCUGGGUCCUCGCCUUCGUCAUCUCCAUCGGGCCCUUGCUGGGCUGGAAGCAGCCGCCAUCACAGGAUGACACCACGUGUCAGAUCACCGAGGAGCCGUUCUACACCCUCUUCUCCUCCCUCGGCUCCUUCUACAUCCCUCUGGCCGUCAUCCUGGCCAUGUACUGCCGCGUCUACAUCGUUGCCAAGCGCACCACUAAGAACCUGGAGGCCGGCAUGAUGAAAGAGCGCCAGGAGGACUCCAAUGAGCUCACGCUGAGGAUCCACUGCAGGAACCAGCAGGUCCACGAGAUGUGUCCCGGAUCCUCGGCCGGACGCAGUUCCCUCUCUGUCAAGCUGCUCAAGUUCUCCAGGGAGAAGAAAGCUGCCAAGACGCUGGGUGUGGUGGUCGGCAUGUUCAUCCUGUGCUGGCUGCCGUUCUUCUUGGUUCUGCCUAUCGGCUCGUUUAACAGCAGCCUUCGUCCCCCUGAAGCCUGUUUUAAAGUCAUUUUUUGGCUUGGAUACUUCAACAGCUGCUUGAACCCCAUCAUCUACCCAUGCUACAGCCGAGAGUUCAAGCAGGCCUUCAUCCGCAUCCUGCACUGCCGCUGGAAGAGGAAGCGCCAGGGCUGGCAGGCCUACUCCAACUACCGCUGCCACCAGGGCUCCAACACCUCGUCCUUCCUGAACGGCAGCCAGCAGACGCUGACCUCCAUCAGCCCCAGCCCUCGCUGCCAGGCCCCCCGGCCGCCGCCCCGGAGCCUCCUGCCUGGACCGGCAGCGAUGACGCGCCCGGGCUCGGAGGCGAACGGCCCAACUGGACACAAAGACGACGAGCGGAACCGCAGAGCUUCCAAACUGUGACGGAGCAGAGACUGGGCCACAGCCGGAGGAACUGGUCCCACCUCAGCCUCCACCGGCUUCAAACUGUACCCGCUCCUACAGAGCAGAACCGCCUGCUGCGGACGGAGCGCAAAAACACAGCUGUAAAAUACGGUGAAGGACAUCGAUGUAAAUAUUACUGAUAUAAAUACAAAACUGGUGAAAGUAUCCUUAAUAUAUUUACUUUGUAAGAAACUUAAAUAAUUAGAACUAAAGUCAAACUGUAAAUGUGAAAUAAAUGUAUUCAUUCACUGAGUGGACUUUAAGAGAACCCAGAGAGAACACACACACACACACACACACACCACUGAUCAUGGAUGACAUUCCUGUGAAAGCCUCCUACCAGCAGAACUCUUAUUGACCUUCUCACUGAUCAUAUUAGAACCCGGUCACGUUCUGAUCGCACAGACGUCUGAUUGCCUGAGAAUGGGUGUACUUUUGUUCUGCACUGGAGAUGUCACCGUGUUGUUCUUCUUCAUCACAAUAGUGUUUGAGGUGUUUUAGUCACAGUUUAAUAAACUCUUCAAUAAAAUAAUUGAGACAACA